AGUAGUACCUGCGCACAAUGGAGUGGUCGGUUCUUCUGUGGAUUCUCAUGGUUGUCAUGGCAGCAGUCCUGCUGUUCAUCAUGGUGUUCUUUAUCAUUGAGCUGUCGGACCUGGCAAGUGACUUUGUCAGCCCUGUCGAGUGCUGCCGCAAGCUCUCGCCGAUCAUUCUGCCCGAGUACUUUGCGCAGCUCACCAUGACUGUCCUCAUGCUCAUCACGCUCAACUUUACGGCGUUUAUCAUCAACGCACCGCUGGCGGCGUACCAUGUCUACUCGUACCAGACCAAGAGCUACUGGCUUGACCCGACCGACAUCUUCCCCAAGAUCGACGAGAAGCGCCGCGUCUUCUUCAUCAAGCUCGGCUUCUACCUCAUCCUGUUUUUCUACUAUCUCUACUGCAUGAUCAUGUCUCUGAUCUCUGACUGAUGGUGAUUCCGGGGUUGGGACGAUGGGUGUUGCAGUCUCAUCAUGGGCCUCAUCUACUGGGGUGGGGUUGACGAUGUCUCAGUCGACGAGCUCGUGAGCACCUUCCACCAGACUGUGACCUUGCAGUGAGUCCUGAACCGUGCAGACAACCGCAAUAACACCAAGCACCAGCUGCCC